UAUCCAUUCCGUCCAGGCCAAGCUUCAAGGUUCAGGUCAAGGUCCACGGUUUUCAGAUCAAGGUCCACGGUUUCAGUAUCUAUUCCAUCCAGGGCAAGCUUCAAGGUUCAGGUCAAGGUCAGCGGGUUCAGGUCAAGGUCAGCGGGUUCAGGUCGAGGUCCACGGUUUCAGGUAUAUCAAAACUCGAUGAGCAGUUACUCACUUGUUUUUGUAUAUUUCUAGUAUCCAUUCCAUCCAGGUCAAGCUUCAAGGUUCAGGUCAAGAUCCACGGUUUCAGUAUCCAUUCCAUCCAGGUCAAGCUUCAAGGUCCAGGUCAAGGUCCACGGUUUUCAGUAUCCAUUCCGUCCAGGUCAAGCUUCAAGGUUCAGGUCAAGGUCCACGGUUUUCAGAUCAAGGUCCACGGUUUCAGUAUCCAUUCCGUCCAGGUCAAGCUUCAAGGUUCAGGUCAAGGUCAGCGGGUUCAGGUCGAGGUCCACGGUUUCAGGUCAAGCUUCAAGGUCCAGGUCAAGGUCCACGGUUUUCAGUAUCCAAUCCAUCCAGGAAAAGCAUCAAUGUUCCGAUCUACCAGCUAUGGUUAUAGCUUUUAUCUAUUACUAGUGUCAGCCAUCCAGGUCAAGUGUCAAGGACCCGAUUUCCUGGCAAUGGGUAUAGCCAUCGAUGUCAGGCGUCAAGGUUGCGAUCUUCCAGCCAAGUGUUCACUCAUCCAGGUCAAUCAACAGGAUUCUGAUCUCCCGUCCAUGGUUAUAGCCAUCGAUGUCAGGCGUCAAGGUUGCGAUCUUCCAGCCAAGUGUUCAGUCAUCCAGGUCAAUCAACAGGAUUCUGAUCUCCCGUCCAUGGUUAUAGCCAUCGAUGUUAGGCGUCAAGGUUCCGAUCUUCCAGCCAUGGUUCUAGUGUUCUGUCAUCCAGCUAUCCAUGUCAAGCGUCCAGGUUCCGAUCUCCCAACCAUGUUUACAGCCAUCCGUGUCAAGCGUCAAGGACCCGAUCGCCCGUCCAUGGUUAUAGCCAUCCGUGUCAAGCAUCAAGAACCCGAUCCCCCGUCCAUGGUUAUAGUCAUCAAUGUGAAGCGGCAAGGACCCGAUCGACCGUCAAUGGUUAUAGCUUUUAUCUAUCUCAAGUCUCCAGUUAUCCAGGACAAGCAUCACGGUUUCGAUCUCCCAGCUAUGGUUAUAGCCAUCCAGGUCAAGUGUCAAGGACCCGAUCGCCCGGCCAUGGGUAUAGCCAUCGAUAUCAGGCGUCAAGGUUGCGAUCUUCCAGCCAAGUGUUCAGUCAUCCAGGUCAAUCAACAGGAUUCUGAUCUCCCGUCCAUGUGUUCCGCCAAUCAUGUCAAGCGUCCAGGUUCCCAUCUCCCUGCCAUGGUUAUAGAUUGUUCAGUCAUCCAGGUCAAGCAUCUAGGUUCUGAUCGCCAAUCCAUGGUUAAAGCCAUCCAGGUCAAGCAUCAAGGUUCUACUCGCCCGUCAAUGUGUUGGGCCAUCCAGGUCGAGCAUCAAGGUUCCGAUCGCCCGUCCAUGGUUAUAGCCAUCCAGGUCAAGCAUCAAGAUUCUGAUCGCCCGUGCAUGGUGAUAGCUAUCCAGGUCAAGCAUCAUGGUUCCGAUCGCCCGUCAAUGGUUAUAAAUUUAAUAUAUCUCCAGUCUCCAGCUAUCCAGAUCAAGCAUCAAGAUUCCGAUCUCCCCGCCAUGGUUAUAGUCUCCAGCUAUCCAGGUCAAGCAUCAAGAUUCCCAUCACCCCGCCAUGGGUAUAGUUCUAGUCUCCGGCCAUCCAGGUCGAGCUUCAAGGUGCUGAUCUCCCGUUAUAUGGUUAUAGAUAUAACAAAAAUCGAUGAGCAAUCACACUCGGCUUUAUUUAUUUCUAGUGUUGAAUCCACCAAGAUCAUGCUUCACGGAUCCGGAUUCAGUCCGUGGCUAUAG